CAUUCAAGCCGAUCCUGUUACAAAAUGGAGCCUCUUAACUAAGCUUUCAUAUCCUCUGUUCAGACAUAUCCGCCAUCGCCUGGUUUAAAGUUUGAUGAAGGUCUAAGUGAGGCAAAGGAAUGAGACAGGCGAGAGUAGCGGGCAGGGAAUGGGACGCGGUGUAUACAAACCAAGCCAGUUGAACUUCAUCCACGGUCGGCCCACCUGUAGAGGACUGGAGGACGCGGAAAGUAUGGAGGAAUAUUUCAAUGUUAUCAACGCCCUGAAGAACAGCAAGAGACUCAGGCAUUGGGACAAGCCUCCUGAAGACUAUGGCCCUAAUAACCCUGAGGACUCGGACUAUAACAGGAACGGACUGAAGGAUAUUGGAGACUUCAGCAAAAUAGAUUUUUCAGGCCAGUCUUCCUUUACAACUGAAGUAGAAACAGAGGAAGAGUGCCAAGAGGAAAACAAAGAUGAGGUGCCAACAGAUACUCAACAUGGCUCUUGUAGUGCAGAAGGACCAAGUGAGUGUGUGCAGCAGUACCUACCCAUCUCUCUUGACAUCGCCUGCAAGGCAUAUGAACAAUACAAACUUAACUUACUGCUGGAAAAAAUGUCCCUGGAGAAAUCAUAUAAAGAAGCAAUUCAAAAAAAGACAAAACAAAAACAAGAAGCAUAUUUGCAUGACCUGAACUCAAUCUAUGCACAACAUGAGAAGGAAGUGGAGGAAUACCAUCUCACUCAGCAAGAAAGGAUAAAGAAUGAAGAGAAUGUGUUGAGGCAACAGGAGGAGGAAGCACAGACAGCAGUGCAGCAUUGCAAAAGAGAAUACACAAGCCAAGUCUCCAGACAGUCAUCCCAGCUGCUGGAGGCAAUGGAAUCUGCACAACGCCAGGAAGCUGAACAAGCAAAUUUAUUGCAGUCCCUCAUUGCUCAGCUGCAGAUGUUACACACAGAUUUUGUCACUAAGCGGAAUGUCAUGUAUCAGCUUCUCAGGGAACUUGAAGGCAGUGAAAUUGAUAGAAAUACAGAAGCUCGCUUUAACAAUACAAGGACUCAAGUGGAAGACAUUAUUAAUAGCUUCCGUCAGAAACCACUAUCAAGAGUACAAAUAGAUAAAGUUUAUAAGGCACUCCAGCAAGAACUUACAACUGUGGGAUCCAUCAUUCAAAAGCUUGAAUCAAGAAAAGUAGAGAAGGCAAACCAAGAAGCUGAGCGGAUUCAACAAGAGAAUGAGGCGAAGGCAAAGGCUGCCGAGCUGGAGAUGAAGAGGCAGCAGCAGGCUCAGAGAGAGCAAGAGCGUAUUGAAAGUGAGCAGAAGCAGGAAGAAAAGUAUGAAGCGGCCCUUGAAGCUGACAAAAGAGAUAAAUUGGAGGAUUUCAAACAGAAAGUGGAUUACUUUUUAGAAGCUUCUGAGAAGUUGUCCAAGGACCAGCUGUGGGAGCUGCGGCGCAAAGCAACCAUGGCCAAUCAAAUCAACAAGGACAACCAUUCCAUCAACAGAGACAAGCUACAGAAGCUGCUUGCCGAAAUGAGGGAAAGGAAAGCUGAGCCAGACGUACUCGCCAGCUUCAAGAAUUCAGUGAUGAGUAAUAUCGUGAAGCAAGUAGCGAUACAGGAUGCACUUGGAGCCUCAGCUUACUCCUGGCUGCUAGUGGAGCUUGUCACCUUCCAUCCAGAUUUGUGGGAUCUUUUCUUAUAUUAUCUCUUCAAGCUUUGCCCCCCUCUCAUGCCAGGAAGCCAGAUGUGCAGAGAAGGCCAGAUAAAUAUAGAAAAGCUUGAUCAGUAUUAUAGUCAGAUUGGAAAGUACUCCACAAUGUAUGGCUUUGUGUUGACAAGAAUAAGCAAAAAACAGGGAUCACCAAUCCGGGCAGCAGCUAUUGGAUGGGAGGUGCUGGCCAAUGUUCUGUCCCAGCCACCACUGUCUGGCAUCACUGGAGAGGUGCUGUUAAGGUUCAUACAGUCUUUUGGCUUCACACUGCAGGAGACAUACAGGAAACAGUUUGUCAAAUUGAUGGAAUUCAUUGUUAAAUGUUACCUGCCUAAAAUCAGGGAAUGUACUGAAGAAGGUGGCCAGAAUUGUCUCAUUUUGUUUGAAAAUUUCCUAGCAGAGUACAAACCUAACAAGCUGACACAGAAUCAAAUGAUAAUGAAGUAUAUGUAAAUAUAGAUCUCAAUUUUUUUGUAUUGUUGACAAUUUUCAAGUCUUCCAGGCCCUUACAUCUUAUUAUAAGUUAAUCUGAAACUAUUGUCUUUUAUGAGUAAAGCAUUUUGCUGUA